UUAGAAAAUAUUAUUACGCUUUUGACAGCUUUUAUUUUGCUUGUUGCCUAAGGUAAAGAUUGAUUUACAUUUGCUACUGCUAAAACGUUCGUAGUAUCGUUAAAGUAUUUGUACAUGUUAUAUUUGUAAGUUUAAAGCGAUCAUUUUUAAAUCUAUUAUUUUUUUUUCUGUUUUCUUUUUUCUUUUUCUUUUUUUUCUCUUUUUUUUUUUUUUUUCUUUCUUCAAAAGUUUAAAUAUCUAUAUUGGGCUUAAAAACAAGUUUCACGUCUGAUAGGUUGAAAGCAACGAUAUUCUUCUUUUUUUUUUUUUUCUAAAUCGACAUAACCUAAAAUGUUUUAAAGCUAGUUUUAUAACAAGUCUUAGGUUUUUGCAAAUUUCAAUCAAAGAAUCAUUGCAAACGAAUGACCUUAAAUUUAUGUCAUGAAAGAUAAACAAAUUUCAUUUUCUUUUCAUUAAAUAUAUUUUUAUUACACAUCAUCUCAGGAGAGGGAAUACAAAAGGCUUUUGUAAAUUAUAAUUUAGUUAGGAGCGAGUACUCCAAAAGAGCCAAUAUAAUUUGUAAUUUAAGAAAGCUAAAUCUUAGUCAAAAUUUAUAAACAAAAGGCCUAUAGAAAAUUCUUUUACAACAUUCCAUGAAUUAAUCAUAAGUGCACAAAGGACAUCAAAAUAUAUAAAGAUAACAAAGAACAAGAUAUAUGGGUUUAAAGCAAGAAUUUCAUGGUUUAUAAUCAUUUAUUUAAUUUCUUUAAUUAAUUUUUUGAUAAUACACACGCAUAAAAUUUAAUUAUGCUGCUAACUCGAAUAUAAUUUAAAAAUAUAGAGAAAAGAAAGAUUACAUAGUUUUGAUCAUUAUUUAUAUUUUGCUUUUUCGUAUAUUGCUUGUUUUGAGAAUACCAUGACAAAAUAUUAUUGAAUUAAAUGUAUUUGCUAUUUUGAUCUUUGAAUAUUUAUUUCAUUGCAGUAUCAUUGUUUGUUUUAAUGUUAUUAUUAAAUAUAGUAUACACUGUGCAAUUGUAGUUCGAUAUAUAUUAAUGUAAAUAAAAAAAAAAAAAAUUAAACUUAAUAACUUACAUAUAAUAAAUAUACAAGAGAAUUAAGGGGAAUGUGCCUAAGUGAAAAUAAUACAGGAGCAAAGUUAUUUGCCUUUAUAUCUUGUGCCUUGAACAUAUUAGAUAUUGCUGUAAAUAAAGUUGAAUGAUUUAUAAAGUAUAUUUUGAUUGGGAUGUUAAAAUAGGUACAACGCUCAUUUGUAACACAAUUUAGUGUUGCGUUAGAAUUAUCAAGAGCAAGCUUCUUAGUGCUUUUUAAUACUAUAUUAAUUAUGUAUCACACUAUGUAUCCACCACAAAUGAUGGUGCAGAUUAUGGGUGGCCAACAUGCGAGUGGACAAUAUCUAUCAACGCCAACACAAAUGGUACAUAUUAAUAGUACAAAUGUAUUAUCACCGGCAGAGUAUACACAGUAUAUACCCGAUGUGUCUGGCCAUAAUAGGCAUCAUAUGAUGCAGACUGGAAGUUAUCCAUUGGAAUUAUUGCAAUUAAUGGGUGUUGAAAUUCCUUCAUUGCGGCACAUAGAUUAUGUCAGUAAUGUAGGUACUGGUUCUGGUUCAGGAAACUGGCCAAGGCGAAUUAUUCCGCCAAACAAUACUUCCCCUCUACAACCACCCUUGCAUCUAAAUUUUAGACCAUCGAAUAAUAAUUCAAUAAAGAAACAACAUUGGAGUAAUAAAACAAGUAAAAAAAGUUCGUAUAGAGAAAACUUUUUGUAUAAUGAUAAAUAUAAUAGUGACAGUGGCUUUAGUUCCCGUUCUCCAACCCCCAGUAAAUAUCAAGCUGAUAGUAGCCAGAAUGAAAGUUCAGAUGAACGGGAUUCUAUAACAUCUUCAAUCGAACAAGGAAUCAAAAAGUUACAUAGAGUGCAAUCAGACUAUAAUAUUGUAAAUAAUAAAAUUACAGAAGAAGGUUUUAUUUCAAGUGCCUCAGCACAUCAAUUUUAUCAAAAUCAACGACCCAUUAAUUAUUAUCCUGCUUUUUCAACUCCCAGAUCAUUUCAAAAUUAUCAGAAUAAAAGAAGAUAUCAUACAGGUAAAGGUAGUCCACCACCUCAAAAAUCUCAACGGGGUAAAAAGUUCACAGGAGUAAUAUUACCAGGUUACAGUAUGUUCCCUAGGUGUCAUACAGCUCCAGAUCGAUUUCUCGCUAGAUCUCAUCUUAUUGAAGUAAAUUAUACGCCAACCGAUUUAAUAACUGGAACGGUGUGGGACAAACUUUCGCAGGAUAUUUGGAAGAAGUUUAUUACAAAUCAGCAAACUGAAAUUGUUUAUAGAAAUAAAAUGAAUCUUUGGAAAUAUCUCUAUGUUUUAAUAAAGGGAACGUUUCCAAAAUAUGGAUUAUUUUUGGUUGGUUCAACAAUGAAUGGUUUUGGAUCUGACAAUAGCGAUGUAGAUAUGUGCUUACUAGUGAGACAUACAGAAAUGGAUCAAAAAAAUGAAGCUAUCGCCCACUUAGAACAGAUAUUAAGGUGUCUCAAACGAUCUGAUAUUAUAACACAACUUGAACUUAUACAAGCAAAAGUACCAAUCUUGAAGUUUCACGAUGCUAUGCAAAAUUUAGAAGUCGAUCUCAAUUGCAAUAAUGCUGUAGGAAUACGUAAUACUCAUCUCCUUUAUUGUUAUUCUCAAAUUGACUGGAGAGUAAGACCUUUGGUUCUAGUUGUCAAAUUAUGGGCUCAAUGUCAAAAUAUAAAUGACGCCAAAAACAUGACAAUAUCUAGUUACUCUUUAGUUUUAAUGGUCAUACAUUUUCUACAAUGUGGCGUCAAUCCUCCAGUUCUUCCAUGUUUACAUUCUUUAUAUGUAGGAAAAUUUGGACCACAUACAGAUAUUCAUUCCAUAGAUAUUAAUGAGAAAUUAAACAUUCCGCCUAUAUGGUUUUAUCCUACAAAUCGUCAAUCGCUCGGGGAACUUUUUGUAGAAUUUUUUAGAUAUUACGUCACAUUCGAUUUCAGCCAAUAUGCUAUUUCUGUGCGUUUGGCACGUAAAAUACCAAUAGAAGAAUGUAGGAGAGCACGAUCGUUAAAAAAUGAUCCACAUCAAUGGAAAUGUCUAUGUAUUGAAGAACCCUUUGAUUUGACAAAUACUGCUAGGUCGGUGUAUGAUCCAGACGUAUUUGCAAGAAUCAAGCAGGUAUUUGAUUGUACCUAUCAAAAACUAAAGGAAGGUCAUAAUUUAGCAAGCAUCUUUGUCAAAGUUAAUACUAUAUCAUCUUUUGCUAUGACAUAAUGGUAUCCUAAAUGUUAGUGCUUAAGAAUAUAAGCACUAUAUAGGAUAAUCAGGUGCUUCCACAUAUUUUGCGUUAGCAAUGAUCCUCUUUUAAGCUAGAGGUAUUUUGAAUAUUGUUGUCCACCUAUUGGUGUAAGAAAUGAUAUAUACACUGUGAUGAAAUGAAUUCUGAGCUUGUCUCAGUUCAAUCUGAUCAUACUUGUGAUACUAAUUUAGCAUGAAUUCAUCUUAUUUCAUUGAUGUGUUUAAGAGUAAAACUGCGAAUAGUGUCCCUUUUUUUUUCCUCUCUAUUUUUGUCUGCAAUUAUUUUCUAUGAAAAUUUGAAAUUAUUUUUUUUAUACAUCUUUGAAAUCAUUUCACUCUUAAUAUAUAUGAUCGGUAUGAAUUAU